AUGGAUCACAUGAGGGUUGAUCCCGGGGGCUUCCAGAUACCGGGAAUGCACCGUCCACAACUGAUGAAUCAACCACCACAGAUAUUCGGAACUUAUAGUCACGAUGGCUUACCCGUAUUACAUCCGGAACUCGCGGCACAAAUGGCUUUCGAUCCGUCGUCGUUGCUUGAUGACCCGAACGAUGCAAAGAGAAGGAGAAUUGCACGGGCUUGUGAUAUGUGUCGGAAGAAGAAAAUAAAGUGCGACGGAAAGCUUCCCGCGUGCACGCAUUGUAUUAACUAUAAGACGGAAUGCGUCUUCACGCAAGUCGAGAAGAAGAGAAGUCCGCCUAAAGGUGCAAAGUAUAUCGAGGGUCUUGAGAACCGUUUAGGGCGCAUGGAAAGUUUGCUGAGGCUAUCCGGCCUACUUGGAGACGACGAUGAAUCAACCGAUCUAGCUACACUGGAAAGACGUCUCGCAGAGAAGCACCAGCAGUCGAGACAAGCUUCGCAAGCGGCCACUUCAAAUCCUACAUCACCGUCGCAAACGACAUCUGGUCAUGAUGGCUUUGCAUCGACACCUCAAAGUUCCCUAACAUCCCCAGAGCCGACUAGAGACCGUGAUAAUAGAAAAGAUAGCUCACCGCAACCCGAACGGCCUAAAGAUGAAGAAGUCGAGUCCCUAUCUGAAAUGAUGUGUUCAUUAGUAACGAAUCAGUCCGGAGAGACAAGAUAUAUAGGGUCAUCGUCGGGUUUCUCUAUAUUCUCACCGAAGGGUAUCCAAUGGGUAAACGAAAAGACGGGAGACAGAUCGUUUCAACAAAUGAUAUCAGAAGUAUCCAUCGACGAUCACAAAUGGAAUCACUGGAAACCCGAGAUUUUUAGUGACCUUUUCCAUCGUCAUAUUUAUCGGCAAUUACCGCCUAAGCCAGAGGCUUUAUCCCUGCUCAAAGACUAUUUUGACAACUUCAACUGCAUGUUCCCGCUGUUCCACCAACCAACGUUUAUGCAUCUCGUUGAGAGGCAGUACUCCAAUGACCCGUAUCAGGGUUCGGGAUGGUGGGCUAGCUUGAAUGUUGCAUUAGCCAUUGCGCAUCGUCUUAGAGUCAUGAGUAAUCUAGUACCGCAGGAAGAGGACGAUAAGUCGUGGGCGUACAUGAAGAACGCCAUGGGCGUCUUCUCCGAAUUAACGAUGCGCAAUACCGACUUAUUGAGCGUGCAAGCUUUACUCGGAAUGGCCUCCUUUAUGCAGGGAACACCCAACCCUCAGCCGUCGUUUCUGCUGGUUGCCGCAGCCAUCAGACUGUCGCACAGCAUCGGGUUGCAUAAGCGCGGAUGUGGUUUUAAUCUGAACCCGGUCGAGAUUGAGCAAAGGAAACGAGUGUUCUGGAUAGCAUAUAUGCUGGACAAGGAUCUGUGUCUCCGAUCCGGACGGCCUCCAGCGCAGGAUGACGAUGACAUGAAUGUAGAGCUCCCAGAUGCCGAUCCAGUAGACAAUAUUGGCAACAUUCCCCUUGCCGACGGAAAGGGAAAGAUGAAUCUAUUCCGAGCGAUGUGCGAAUUAACAGUUAUUGAAAGUCAGGUUUAUAAGAGGCUCUAUUCAACCAAGGCCACCAAGUUAUCAGAAGGCGAGCUGUUACAAACCAUAGGAGAGCUUGAUAAACAGCUAGACACUUGGAAGGACAACAUCCCUAUUGAUUUCCGUCCGGAACACGAAAUAAAAGCGUCUCACACUCCUCUAAUACUCCAUGUGGUCAUGUUACAUUUCUCUUACUACAAUGCCCUCACUACAAUCCAUCGCAUGUCUAUACAUCACGGCUACUGGACAAGUCGACUAUCCAAUUACGCAAUCCAGGGCUUGAACCCCAGGCCUUUAAAUCCACGGGUAUUUGCAUCUGCAGCUCUGUGCGCAUCCGCAGCCCGAGCAAGUAUUCAACUCCUCAAAUAUAUCCCGCAGGGCGACUUUUCCUGCGUUUGGCUUAUUCUCUACUUCCCUGUCUCGGCUCUCGUCACGCUCUUCGGGAAUAUUCUGCAGAACCCGUUAGACCCGCGAGCGAAGUCGGACACAAAACUAAUGAAUCUGGUGGUGACAUUCCUCUCCACCCUCGGCCAAGAGGCUGAAACUGGUGGAGUGCAUCGUAUGCUCGGUGUAUGCUCCGAGUUUGAGCGCAUCGCCAAGAUCGUCAUCGAUAAGGCAGAACGCGACACUAAUCGGCGAAAGCGUAAGAGUCACGAGCCUCAGAGACCCUCCAUCAGUCAAGCUUCUCCAUCGCAAAUAUACAGCACGCCGCAACCCUCAUCGGCAGCCACACCGACGGGCAACUACUCCGGAACCUCGCAGCUAUCGCCCAAAUUUAACGGAGAGCAAAACCGUGCUAAUAAUGCAGCAAACGGAGGCUUUAGCCCCAUGGACACAGCGAGCUCGAACAACGGCUCAGCACCACGCGACGGACCUGGAGGCUGGCCGUCUCCAUCGCCGCAACAACAGCAGGAAUGGAACCCUAACGCUAUGGACUUCGGUAACUUCUCAGAGAUGACAGGCUUUGGACAACCGAUCGCGUCACCGCCGUUGCCGGGUCCCGCCGCGCCUGGAGUCGCGGGCGGAUACCAGCCGUUGCUCCCACAGGAGCUAUGGCAGAUGCCCGGCGGGCUCGACUGGGAUUGGGCCGAGUUCACGGGAGGCGUGUAUCCUAGCUUCGAGAAUGGGUCCGCGACGCAGAAUGGGAGAUGA